GUCCGUUACGUUUCUAAUGUUUGUAAACAAAUAUCACACAGGCAGAUUUAAAUAAACUUUCGAUUCUUUGUGCUGUUUGCGACGGUGUAAUUUUGUAAAAAACAAUGUUUUCCUUGGUGGCUGAUUACGGGACCAGCGAUGAUGAUAAAGAUUCAUCAUCCGGAUCCACGACCGGUGAAGAAUCGGACGACGAAAAAACUGGAGCAAUCAACACGGCACAGAGCAGUGCCGCUCCGCCAGCCCUUCCCAGUGCGAGCCUGAUGCUGGCCAAUGAGAAAAAAUCCAUUCCCGGAGGGGUCUUCAGCAAUCCCUUCAAGGAAGCAGAGGACGCCAAGAUGGCCAGUUUGGAGAAGCACGUAAAAAUGGUCGAUCCGGAACACGAAAUCAGUGAACAAAAGCGUAAAAUCUGCUGGAGCUACCGGAAGGGGCGCUGUCGGUUCGGAAGCAAGUGCAACUUUGCCCACGACUCCGAUCUUAUACUGAAAAAGGAGUUGCACGGAACCGAAGAACCAUCAAGUGCUGCAGACCCAGAAGAACAUAAUGAAACGACGCCGAUGGUUCGCAAACAGGCCACCAAGAAGAAACGACCGGGUCUAAGCCGUGAAUUGGUACCGCCGAAGAAGGUUUUGAAAAUGUACCAACGAGACAAGUACCACAGCGGAAAACCCUAACUGUGUGUCUACUGAAGGUAAGUCACUGCGAAACAGUAUCCGAAAUGCUGUAGUAGCAGACGAACGGUGGAUGCACCUAUCAAUCAUGACAGUUUUUCAAACUUAUCUCCCAGUAUUAGCUUGUAAUAAGUACGGAGUUUAUUACAACAUGCAACAUACACGUGUUUUCUUGUGAUCCACACUGCUAACGAUUUCGCGAUACUGCAACUAACUAAAUUUGAAUACAUCAUAGUACAAAUGUAUGUUUGAAAAACAUAAA